AUGCCGUCGUCAACCGCCGCCUUCGCCGCCCUCCGCCGUUGUCAACCGCCGACCUCGCCGCCUCCGCGCCCGGCCCCGUCCCGAGCCGAGCCCCGCCGGAUCCGCGUCCUCCCGUCGCCCCGCCGGUGCCCGCCGACCGCCGCCGCCUCCGACGACCUCCGCCCGCGCCCGAAGCCACCACCUCCGCCGGUGCGCCACCCGCCGCCGGUACGCUGCCGCCCGGCCCCGUCUCCGCGCCCCCGCGCCUUCCCUCGCCAGGAUCCGGCCGGAUCCGGCGAAAUCCGGCCCGUGAUCCGUCCGCCCCCGGACCUCCCCGACCUCUCCCUCGACUCCGGCCGCCGUCCCCUUCAUCUCCGGCGAGAUUCCGGCGAGAUCCGCCGCGUUGACUCCCCACCCUCGAGGUCGAUUUCUUCCAAGUCCCUGAGAUUUUUGUAUUAUGUACCCAUGUUUAUCGCGUCAUAA